AUGGCUCUGUUGUGAAUCAGUCGCAUUAUUUAUUCACUGAAAUAAUAUUUUGGAUUAGGUAUCUUCCAAAAUGCCGAAAGUACGAGCGGAAAAGAAAUCCCGUGUCCAUACGGAUGUGGCCAAACAAGGCAUCGUUUUCAACAAGGACUUCGGUCAGCACAUCCUCAAGAAUCCGCUCAUUGUCACAUCGAUGCUGGAUAAAGCCGGCUUACGUCCUACGGAUGUGGUGCUGGAAAUCGGUCCUGGUACCGGUAACAUGACGGUAAAGCUGCUGGAAAAGGUCAAGAAAGUGGUUGCUUGCGAAAUCGAUCCUAGGUUGGUAGCGGAACUCCAGAAACGUGUACAGGGUACACCGAUGCAAUCGAAGCUUCAGAUCUUGAUCGGUGACGUGCUGAAAGCGGAUUUACCUUUUUUCGAUUGUUGCGUUGCUAACAUGCCGUACCAGAUCAGCUCGCCGUUUGUGUUCAAACUGUUGCUGCAUCGGCCUUUCUUCCGGUGUGCGGUGUUGAUGUUCCAGCUGGAAUUUGCUCAGCGAUUGGUUGCCAAACCCGGAGAUAAGCUUUAUUGUAGAUUGAGCGUCAACACACAGCUGCUAGCCCGCGUGGACAUGUUGAUGAAGGUGGGGAAGAACAACUUCCGACCGCCGCCGAAAGUGGAGAGCAGCGUGGUAAGAAUUGAACCGCGAAAUCCUCCGCCUCCGAUCAACUACACCGAAUGGGAUGGCCUAACGAGGAUAGCUUUUUUGAGGAAGAAUAAGACCCUGGCUGCGGCAUUCAAGCACACCUCGGUUAUGACAAAUUUGGAGCAAAAUUACAAGAUGCAAUGCUCGCUGAAGAAUCAGGACGUUCCAGAAGGGUUCAACAUUAAGGAGAUGGUGGAAGGGAUAUUGCAGAAGAUUGAUGCCAGCAGCAAGCGAGCAAGAACGAUGGACAGUGAUGACUUUAUGACGGUUCUACAUGCAUUCAAUACGGAAGGAAUUCACUUUAGUUAAAGUGGGUUGGUUUUGGUAGUAU